CACUCUUGCUCCCAGUAAAUACACACGAUCUGAUGACUUGCACUUAGUCGAGAGGUAUUUAAAGCCGCAAACGACUCUUGACUUCAGUGCGCUCGUUGCUACGCGUACUUACUAGUUGAUUUUGAACGUUACACUUACAUUUUCGUGCGAAAGUUGCGAUUUGGGGACAUCGCAUUCAAUUCCUGCAUGAUGGCAUCUCCCUACAUUGGAGCAGUGUUGGUGGUCAUAGUACUUGCCGGACUGAGCUUCGCUUCUCCAGUCAACAGGGCACCAACUCCAGAUGGAGGGAUGUCUGCACCCUGUGUCAGUGGCCCACUUGGUAUGGAAAGUGGAGCCAUAAAGGACAGUAGCAUAACUGCAUCAUCUUCUAGGUCAAGUCACCCCGCAAGUGAUGCACGACUGAAUACCGGCUACGUUGGAUGGACUCCACGCAAUCCAUUUAACCAGUGGAUCAAGGUUGCUCUCGGUAGCCACGUAGCAGUCACAGGGGUUGUGAUACAGGGACAUGGAAAUGGUGAUACUGGCUACCGGUAUGUGACGGCAUUCAAGGCGCAGUACCGUGUAAGUCACGAGUCAGAUUGGCAGGACCUACGCAAUGCAGAUGGAGGCAAACUGUUUAGAGUAAGCAGUGGACGACCAACAAAUGUGACUUUCUCCGUGGCGACGAUGGCAAGGUAUCUUCGUGUACAACCUUGGAGCUAUACUGAGGAACCCUACAGCGUUAGGUUUGAAGUGCUGGGGUGUCAAGUGUCAGAUGGAUCACUUUGGUUUGUGGACGGUGAUGACGCCCUCAGCGGCCGUGUGGAAAUCUACCAUCAGGCCACAUCCACCUGGGGCGCCGUCUGUUCCGACGGCUGGGAUCUAAGCGACGCCAAUAUCGCCUGCCGCCAACACCACCGAUUCCUGGAGGCAGUCCAAGCAGGGGAAAUCUCUGCAGGGACUGACCACCCGAUCGUCAUGAACGGAGUCGCCUGUAAAGGCACGGAGAAUCGCCUAAUUGACUGCCCGUUCAUUUGCACCGAAUUUCAGCAAUGUAACAGCUCGCGUGUAGCCACCUUGGCUUGCCGAACCAAAAUGAAUACCGUCCGCUUGGUGGGAGGUUCCAAUAACUCAAGCGGCCGCGUUGAGAUCUACCGUAAAGACACCUGGGGAAGUAUUUGUGACAAUGGCUGGGAUAUGAACGACGCUGCUGUGGUCUGUCGCUUUCUGGGCUUCUCCGGAGCGCAGGCGGCCAAGUCCGGUGCUUACUUCGGUGAGGGCAGCGGUCCUGUCCACAUGGACGGUGUGGCGUGCACUGGAGCGGAGGACACUCUCCGUGAUUGCCCUUCUGCAUGCUGGGAGGAGUCGCAGUGCAGCCACAGUCAAGAUGCCGGUGUCAUCUGUCAAGACUAAAGAUCGAUAGAUCUCCUAAGAUGUCAGCCUCCUGUUCAGCUUGGAAAUGUUCCGGGGUUGAUGGAAUUUGCACUUUUCUGCCUGCUGUUGUCUCAUCACGCUGACAGUUUUUGUGCGUUUUAAUAUCUAUUAGAUAGAAUGUGUUUUUUAAACUCCACGGAUAAAUACAGAGCUUGUAUUACCUGAUACAUUCCGUCUGGAAAUCAUUCCAUUAUCACAGUUUUGGUUAAUUUAAUGGACACUCAGUGAUUAAUGCCAAGCUCAAUGUUUCAGACUUGAUUCUGUUCAAUCUCCAGACUGUUUGUGACUACCCUCGAGAGGAACUCUUGAACAAUUGGAUAUUUGUAAUUAAUAUUAUACUUCUUUUGACUUUUUUCUCUAAAGGUAUGUUUUGAAGAUAUAAAUGAUUGGAACAGCGGUAUAUCCAGCUUUCUGUGUUGGGGGCAUAUUCAAAAGGUGCGUCUGCCGGCUUAUUCAACACGAUGUUGGGGAGAAAAAAUCAGAAUCCUUACGAUCCCGGCGUCCUUGCUUUAUUUGCUGGUGUUGUUUUCUUAGGGAUUUGGUGCUAAUAUUUGAUAAAUUAAUAUACUGGAGACCUUCUUUCCUCUUCACCCAUUCUUUGUAAAAAAAAAAAAAAAAAAGCAGAAAGUUCAGUUGGGGGCAAGUUCUCCCCCCCCCAUACGUCACUGGAUUGGAAACCAAUAUGCUUCGCCAAUCGCAAACGGCCCAGUACCCUGAAGCCCAAACCUUCGGCUGAGGAAUAACCGUCCAUUCCCCUGAUCCGAUGGACAAGCAAGGAACCUGUUUGAACGCCACGUAAUGAUGCUCGUCUGAGCAUGUCAGUGUCACUGCAUGUCACUACAAACCUUCGAACUACAGGAUUUGCAAUGCAAUACACCCGAACACUGACCUUAGAUCUACUAGUGACCCAGAUUUCAUAACGGAAACAGGUGGUUUUGUAGUUUUGUCGCAUCAUUUAUUCUGAUGUUCCGACGGAAGACUAUCGAUCCUAGCGAAUUCUAUAAAACUGUGAGCUAGAUAGAAAAGAAAAUAUGGGAGGUUUUGGAAGAAAACAAAUCCAAAUAAUUCUUUUAGCUUACAAUGGUGGAUAACCCCAAUCUAAUAUCAAAUAUCGAUAUAAAUUAUUUAUACAGCAAAAUUCAACUAAACAGAGAAGAAACUUUGCGUAAAAGGUGGCUUACACCUUAUUUCUAAAAUAUAUAAAUCAUGGUACAGAGGAAGCCAUAAUGACCCUGAGCUAAGUCGAACCAAAAUGUCUUUAUUCAUAGGAGACGUUUCACAUAGGAUCGGAAGGAUGUCGAUUAGGAGCCCUUCCCUUCUCCCACUAGAAGCCAUUACCGCUCACUUCUGAGCAUUCGGCGACCAACACCUUCCAGUUUCAAGUCGAUUUAUUUUUACAACAGGAACAUAUUCGUGGGUUUAAUAAAUCGUGUUUUCCCAUUGUGUUCCAAACUUCGACAAAUAAAACGACCUGUUUGAAAACAACA